GUCGUCGUUCAAUCAUAAAUCAAUCAUGAAGGUCCUCAUAGUUUUGUGUGCUCUUGCCAUUAGUGCUGCUUAUGCCGGCAAUUUCGUUCCUGAGGGACGAGUUAUCAAGGGUCAUGAAGCAGAACCCCACGCUGCUCCCUACAUUAUCUCAUUGACUUUAAAUACAACUAGUGCUCAUAAUUGUGGUGGAACUAUUGUCAACAAGGAAUGGAUUGUAACAGCUGCACACUGUAUUACUGUUAAUCCAGUGGGUAUGGGCGUAGUAGCAGGUCUUCAUGUGCGCGGUGAAUUAAAUGAAGCCACUCAACAAAGAGUGGUCGAUUUUGGCAAAGUACAUGAAUCUUAUGGAGGCAGUGUAGGACCUUUUGACAUUGCUGUACUCCACGUCUCAAAGCCAUUUGAAUUCAAUGAAUAUGUUCAACCGGCCACUUUACCAGCUCGUGAAGAGAUUCCUGCUGGUAAUGCCACUCUCUAUGGUUGGGGUCAAAUUAAGGCUUUCAAUUUGGCUUCCGCCAAGACUUUACAAACUGUCAAUACUCAAAUUAUUAACUGGGAAUCAUGCAAGGAACUUAUGAACAAUAAUUCAAAGUUGGCCGAUACCAAUAUCUGUUCCGAUUCGUACAACGCUGGUAUUUCUGCUUGUAAUGGUGAUUCCGGUGGUCCUUUGGUAAUCGAAACAGAAGGUGCUCCCGCUGAGUUAGUAGGUGUUGUAUCAUGGGGAGUCAUUCCUUGUGGUCUAGCAAACAAACCUUCCGUAUACACACGUGUUUCAGCUUAUAUCGAUUGGAUUGCUAAAGUUAUAAAUGCUUAUUAUGUUCUUCAUUGAUGUAAUACAUAUUUGUCAAUCUCUCAUAUUAUAAAUUUAAUAAAAAACAACAGUAUCUUAA